AUGCGUCAGAAAUUUGGACUCUGGAGCCUCAGAGAGCUCACCAUCGAAGGGAAGUCACUGGUACUCCACAGCGAGAUUCUCCCUGUGUUGCAGUACCUCGCCCAGGCCUGGCCCCCCCGGGUCAACACCUGCAAGGCCAUCACCAGGGCGGUGUUCCACUCCAUCUGGGGCUCCAAGAUGGACAUAGUGAAGCGGGCGGUUAUGUUCAAAGAGCCCCUCAAGGGUGGAAAGGGAGUGCCGGACAUUGCCACCAUGCUGAGGGUUUUCUUUGGUUGUAACUGCAUCCGCAGGACUUUGAUUGAAAAGACUUUGGACUCUGCCGGGAACUCCAUGUCCCGUUUUUUCCUCCUGCCUCUUUGGAGGACCCUGGGAUGGGACAAAUGGGACAGUUCGGUCCCCUACAACUGGGACACUCCUUGGUUUUACUUGGACACUUUCAAGUUCAUCAGGGAGCAUGGACUGCAUGGAGUCAAACCGGACUUGUGGAAGCCAAAGACUAUUUACAAGCUCAUGAGAGCUAAGGACACUGUUGAGAUUGUUCCAGGCCUCCCUCUAGACACUUGCAAAUUUGUCUGGAGGAGUGUUUCAUCUAAGAGACUCACCAACAGGCACAAAGAUCUGGCGUGGAUGGCUAUCCAGGGAGGGUUGCCCGUCAGGACUUUUAUGCACACCAGAAACCUGUGCAGACACAGGCAUUGUCCCUUUUGCAUCACCGAGGAAGAGACCGCUUUGCAUCUCUUCUGGCAUUGCCCUGUUGCACAGGCCCUGUUGAGGGCUCUGGAACACGAACUCAAAGACUUUGUGCCGCUGACAGCGAUUACUCACUUUGGUGUGAUGUAUGGACUGUUUUGUGGCGCUUUUACAGAAGACGAAAUCGGAGGCGCCUGGCGGGUGAUGUGUUGCUUCAAGGACGCUAUUUGGUGCGCAAGGAAGCGCCUCACCCUCCGGAGGGAGAGGAUGUCCACUGAGGACUGCCGCAGACUGAUUAUCAGUCUGCUCAGAGACUAUCACCUCAUGGACUUUAAGGAGGAAGAGGACGUCUGAGAAGAUUUCCCCUUCCCCCCCCCUCCUUUUUCCCUGAACUUU